AUGAAGAAACUGAUGCGGAGACUGUCACGAGUUAGGGUGACUCACUUGACCCAAUACUCAAUGCUCCGAUCUGAGCCGCCUGAUGCGGUGGAACUCAACAAGCAAAGAUCGGACGUACCACAUGGGCAUUUCCCGGUUUACGUUGGGAUUGAUCAGGCUUCGACGCAGAGGUUCAUCGUCAGUUCUGAGUUGCUGCGGCACCCGAUCUUCAUGGAGUUGCUAAACAGAUCAGCCCAAGAAUAUGGGUACGAGCAAAGUGGAGUGUUGAGGAUCCCCAUUAACGUUGAUGUCUUUGAACGUGUUCUUGAAUCUCUCAGGCAAGGGCAAGAACCUUCAAGUCUUGAUGAACUGAUCUAG